AUGGCGGCAGGGACUCUGUUCACGUAUCCAGAGAACUGGAGGGCCUUCAAGGCUCAAAUUGCCGCCCAGUACAGCGGCGCCACCCUCAAAGUCGCCAGCAGUGCCCCUGCCUUUACCUUCGGGCAGACGAACCGUACCCCUGCAUUCCUUAAAAACUUCCCCCAGGGCAAGGUACCUGCCUACCAGGGAGAUGACGGUUUUUGUCUGUUUGAGAGUAACGCCAUUGCUCAUUACUUGGGCAAUGAUGUCUUGCGUGGCACCACACCCCAGACUUCAGCUCAGGUCCUCCAGUGGGUGAGCUUUGCUGACUCAGAGAUUGUCCCUCCAGCCAGCACAUGGGUUUUUCCCACUCUUGGAAUCAUGCAGUUCAACAAGCAGGCUACAGAGCAGGCAAAGGAGGAUGUGAAGAAGGUGCUAGCAGUGCUGAACCAACACCUGAACACUCGUACCUUCCUGGUUGGGGAGAGAGUGAGCCUUGCUGACAUCACUGUGGCUUGUUCCAUGCUGUGGCUGUACAAGCAGGUCCUUGAACCAUCUUUCCGUCAGCCUUAUCCCAACGUGACCCGCUGGUUUGUCACUUGUGUUAACCAGCCCCAGUUCAAAACUGUCAUCGGGGAGGUCAAGCUGUGUGAGAAAAUGGCCCAGUUUGAUGCUAAAAAGUUUGCUGAAAUACAGCCCAAGAAAGAGGCACCCCCUAAGAAAGAGAAGGUUGGAAAAGAAGCAGCCAAACCUCAGGAGAAGAAAGAGAAGAAAAAGGAGGAAAAGAAGCCUGAACCAGAAGAGAUGGAUGACUGUGAUGCUGCUUUGGCUGCAGAGCCCAAAGCAAAGGACCCGUUUGCAGAGCUGCCAAAGAGCACGUUCGUCAUGGACGAGUUCAAGAGAAAGUACUCCAACGAGGAAACCUUAACAGUAGCCGUUCCCCAUUUCUGGGAAAACUUUGAUCCGGAGGGGUACUCAAUCUGGUAUGCAGAGUACAAAUAUUCAGACGAACUUGCAGAGGUCUUCAAAAGCUGCAACCUUAUCUCAGGGAUGUUUCAGCGCCUCGACAAACUGCGAAAGAAUGCCUUUGCUAGUGUUCUUUUGUUUGGUGAUAAUAACGACAGCUGUAUCUCUGGAAUCUGGGUCUUCAGAGGCCAAAACCUGGCCUUCACACUCUCUCCCGACUGGCAAAUCGACUAUGAGUCAUAUGACUGGCGCAAGCUGGAUCCAAACAGUGAUGAGUGCAAGACGAUGGUGAAGGAAUAUUUUGCAUGGGAGGGAGAGUUCAAGCAUGUGGGCAAAAAGUUCAACCAGGGAAAAAUCUUCAAAUGA